AUGCCACAUCCUCAGAUGAUACCGUCAUCAUCUCCAUCUCUUGACACAUUCACUGCUGAGACUGGGACCUGGAGCCAGUUUAUGUCUGCCCCCUUUAUGCCUGGCUACAACCUGGCAGGGGAGGGCUUUGAUGUUCUUACACUUAAGCGAAAAGGAGCUUAUGUGAUUGAUGUGAAGACCUACCUCAAUUCGAGUGACACCUGUAAACUCUGCCUCAAUCCUCAUCAAGGCUACAAACUGCAGAAACUACCAGUCUCUGCUUUGGACUGGCGUGCGUUCAGCCGCUGCAGUUUUCAUCUCGAGGACAGUGAACACACCUCCAUCAGCUCACUGGUCGCAGCAUACACCAACCAGAACAGCAUCGACUGGAAGGUUGGACUGGAUUUAAGGAAGUUCAGCAACUUGGAGAUUGGAGGAACCAAAUCUAAGGCAUACACCUUUGCUACAGCCCAAAGCAGAGAGGACCGCUACACCUUCAGCACACAUAAAGUCACCUGUAAACAUUACAGUUACCGUGUGUCCAACAGCCCUCCUCUCAGUGCUGAGUUCAGUAGAGAUUUGGCCAGACUGCCAGAUACCUGCAGCUAUGCAACCAGAGCCCAGUACAGACGCCUCAUAGACACAUACGGACACACUAUAUUCACCAGCAGCAGGGGUCCCGACCUGGAUUCCAAGUGUUGUCCUAAAGAGACUCAGAGGGGAACAGUGACGAUAACCAUGAUCCAAGCCUUUGGUCUGAAAGGAGAUUUUUGGGGCAAGACUGAGGGAUAUGUGAAGAUCUACUAUGACUACCCUAGGUACCAGACCAAUGUGAUCCGAUCUAACUCCCCCUCCUGGAUCACCUAUUACCGUCUGGAAAAUGUGAAAACAAGCAGUCCUCUGAGGAUUGAAGUCUGGGACAAAGAUGCGUGGUUUGAUGAUUGGCUAGGAUCAUGUGUGAACUACCUGACUCAAGGUACAAACACAAUCAGAUGCUCCCUUCAGAGAGGCGGCACUGUUUUUGUCAACUACACUCUGACGUGUGACCGUCACCUGACUGGACCCACCUGUAACAAAUACAAACCAUCUCCACAGUGAGAAAUGCAUUCUGGGUGGGGCACACUAUGGAAAUGCUGGUAGCUUUUCCUUA